GGCUAUGAUUGAUUUGACAGAAAAUAUAACCUCUAAAAUCGUAUUUGACAAUCAGGCGCUUCUAGGGAAAUUGAAAAGACAAAGAGCCGAAUAUAUGUCUUAUUCUUUUAUUCACUUAAACCAUUGUAUUAUAGAAAAUAGAAAAGGACAAAAGUACAGCUGUGUCCGAACUCUUAUCAAACUAAUACCAUCCAGUGACUCUAGUUUCAUCGAAACUAUUCGAAAAAAAUGAUGUAAUAUAUUUGAACGAAUAGAAAACCUCAAAUGGAUCAAAGACUUGGCCGUCUCACAUUUUUAAUUCUCACAUGACGGAGAAGAAGAUAUGAGGAAUAUUUCAUCCACAUUACCCGUCAUGGCUGAAGCUGAUAAUGAAGGAAGUAAGGAUGGAAAUUGUAGGAUUAGCACGGAGGAAAGACAGACUAGAAGCUCUAGCAAAAAAAUGUGAAGGUAAAAAGGGAUCGUUCCACCCUAUCCAAGCUGACGUCACUAAAGAAGAAGACAUUCUCAGAUCCUUCCAAUGGACGAAAGAUAACCUAGGACCCGUCAGCAUCCUCAUCAACAAUGCAGGCACAUUGAGAAGUGGAUAUCUCUCAGAAGCAAAAACUGAAGAUUGGAAUACAGUUCUUCAGCUGAAUGUUGUCGGUUUGUCGAUGGCUACUAGGGAAGCACUGAAGGUUAUGAAAGAGAAUGACAUCAAGGGGCACAUCAUCCACAUCAACAGCGUUGCUGGGCAUAAAGUUUUGAAUUUGGAGGGCGGAUCUGCUAUGUAUGUUGCUAGCAAACAUGCUAUUACUUCUCUAACUGAAUCCCUCAGGAUGGAGUUGAGCGCUUCAGGACACAAAAUUAAAGUAACGAGCAUCAGUCCUGGUUUGGUCGAUACGGAAAUCUUCACCGAUGAAUUCAGAACAUCCGAAACGUAUAAGAAUGCUGUGGAUAAUGAUUCUGUUAUUCUUCAAACAGAAGACAUUGCUGAUGGAGUUAUUUUUGUCUUAUCCACCCCACCACGUGUCCAGAUACACGAACUGAUGAUAAGACCAGUUGGAGAAAUUUUAUGAAUAUUAUAAUUGCACCUCAUGAAAGUUUUUGCGAAACCGGAUAAAAGAAUAUUAUUUCCUAGGAUAAAUCUAGCAAAUAGAAAAGAUAGCUGUAAAAUCAACCAUUUGGCAACAUGCACAGAAGGCCCAGGAGGCUGAGGUGUAGCUGGGGA